AGGGUGUAGUGUUGAGGGAAGUUAGUCCAAACAACCGAAAUCGAGUCGGCGAGCGUACAUUUAUCUUUGCAGGUACGACAGAACUCGCUCCUGUGUCAUCCCUCACCGGCUUUUCUUUUUGCGCGGAGGAAAGAGUGGUCCGCGGUGGGCCAGCUUAAGAAGCUUCUAUGUUUGGACGCAGAAACGCUUUGCGGAUGCGGCACAUCGGCCAGGAUGUGCCGCGGCGUCACACACAUUUCGUGCUAGAGUCGCGUCUCAUGUACGAGAAGUCAUUUCGCGACGAGUGGAUGCGCAGCCUGUGUCAGGCGGUGUCGAACCUCGACGAGCCCUUGGCCAAGUCCUUGAGCGGGACCUGCCAGCAGAUGCUUCAACGCAAAGUGGCGUGUUUUAGCUACAAUCAGUUCGGACUGUUCAAGGUGCCUUACUAUCGAAUCGCCAACGUAGAUCGUUACCACGCAGUGCAAGGCACACCAGGAACACGCGAGUGGGUGCCGUACGCCAACGUUUCAUACUGGACGAUGAACAAGAUGGUUCGCAGCGGUAACAUGCUUGUACACCGCGUGCACUACACCGGGUGGGGUACUGAUAAGGCACUGAAUCAAGGUGGAUGGGAGCACCGAUGGAAUAAGGUAAUGCAGCGCAAUGCCCUGCAGUACAACCGCAUUUAA